ACGGGGAGCUCGCGCGCGUGUGACAUUUGGGGAGAGACCUCCGCCGGCGGAAGACUUCCCUGCGCUUUCCUCGCCCCCCGCACCGUCCUACCUCAAGAGCAUCAUCCGACGAGGCUUCCUGUUUGACCACGGAGCUCAGCUCAGAACCGCUCGGCGCGGGAGAAGGAAGGUUUCCUGUUGCUGUUGCUCCUGCUCCUGCUGCGGGUGCUGUUGCGUGGCUGGGGAAAGCGGACUCUGGACGCAGGGGAGAGAUUCUCUCUCGCUCGCUCUCGCUCUCUCUUUUUGGGGGGAAAAGAUGCACACGACGCAGAAGGACACCACCUACACCAAGAUCUUCGUCGGGGGUCUGCCCUACCACACCACGGACUCCAGCCUCCGGAAGUAUUUCGAGGUCUUCGGCGAGAUCGAAGAAGCCGUGGUCAUCACCGACCGGCAGACGGGCAAAUCCCGGGGAUACGGAUUUGUGACAAUGGCGGAUCGAGCUGCUGCUGAAAGGGCCUGCAAAGAUCCUAAUCCAAUCAUUGAUGGCAGAAAAGCUAAUGUGAAUCUUGCAUAUCUGGGAGCGAAACCAAGAAUUAUGCAGCCAGGUUUUGCCUUUGGGGUUCAACAGCUCCAUCCAGCCUUAAUUCAGAGACCCUUUGGGAUCCCUGCUCAUUAUGUAUAUCCGCAAGCUUUCGUGCAACCUGGAGUGGUUAUUCCACAUGUCCAGCCUACAGCUGCUACUUCCACCACACCCUACCUUGACUACACGGGAGCUGCAUAUGCUCAGUACUCUGCAGCGGCGGCCGCUGCAGCAGCUGCAGCUUAUGACCAGUAUCCCUAUGCAGCUUCGCCAGCUGCUGCAGGAUAUGUCACUGCUGGGGGAUAUGGCUAUGCAGUCCAGCAACCUAUCACUGCAGCAGCGCCUGGAACAGCUGCAGCUGCAGCAGCUGCUUUUGGCCAAUACCAGCCACAGCAACUGCAAACAGAUCGUAUGCAAUAGCAGAUGGACAUGGCAAGAAAGCAUCCUUUGUUAUUACUCCUAUCAAUUUACCUUCAAGCCUUCCAGUAGAAAUAAUUAACUUUUUAAGUUAUCCAGCUUUAAAAAAGAAAAAAACUACAAUGCAAUAGAAUAGUAU